AUGUCUUCCACCCUCGGCGACCAGCUUAGCACCAAACCCGAGGCGAAAAGCCAGGAGGUCAAACAAGGCGAAGACGAGCCACAGCUACAGCCGAUACAGCAGACCAAGCGGGCUCGUCUCAAGGCUGCAGUAUGGGAUACGUGGGACAAGUCGCCCCGUGAGCGCAAACUAGUCCAAAAAGUGGACUGGUGGCUAUUGAGCUACGCAUGCACGGCAUAUUUUAUCAAAUCUUUGGAUCAGUCAAAUACUUCCAAUGCCUACGUCUCAGGCAUGAAAGAGGCCCUCGACCUGAAGGGGAAUGACCUCAACUAUCUCACCACAUACUGGAACAUCGGUUAUAUCAUCGGGCAGAUUCCAUCCCAGCUGAUACUCACCAAGAUCCGCCCAUCCAUCUGGUUACCGGCACUCGAGAUAUCAUGGAGUAUCUUCGUGAUGGCUCUGGCAAGUGCGAAGAGCGCGAAAACCAUCUUCGCGUUACGAUUUUUCAUUGGUCUUUUCGAGGCUUCCGCAUACCCAGGCAUCAUCACCCUUCUCGGGAACUGGUACACGCCACAAGAACUGGCGAAACGAAGUGCUAUUUUCCAGGCAUCUUCAAGCGCAGCAAACAUGUUUUCGGGGUAUCUCCAAGCAGCCUUGUACUCCGGGAUGGAUGGGCGUGCAGGCCUGGCCGCUUGGCAAUGGCUGUUUAUAUUUGAUGGAAUUCUCGGUAUACCUAUUGCUUUGUAUGGGUUUUGGGCGAUUCCGGAUGGACCCAGCGACUCGAGGGCAAGAUGGCUGAGUAAAGAAGAUGCCAAAUAUGCCGAGCAAAGAAUGGAGGCUGUCGGUCGAGCUCCAGCUGCCAAACUCACUUGGCGGACUUUUGUGGAUGUCUUCCGCACAUGGCCUGUGUGGUUAUUCUCCACGGUUUUUAUUGCUCACGUCUGCGGGCUGCGCAUAUACUCCUAUUUCAACAUACACAGUCGAGCAGGUCAACUGACUUUCUGA